AUGGCUCCUUCAACACCCGUCCGCAAGCCUUUGAACAAGCACAUCUCGCACGCCGCUGGUGCUAACGGCAUCGUCCACGACACGCCGCUCGGGGACCUCUCCAAUGCUUUCAGAGACACCAAGCCAGCAGGGGGAGACAAGGGCAAGAUGGCAGCCUCGAAGCAGAAGGGUAGACUGGACAGCAUACCUGCAGCCGCGACAGAGGUCAGAAUCACAAGAGAUUGGGAAGGGCCAGAGGCUAAAGUGUCAAGGCCGAAGCUUGCUACAGUCCCUUCGCGAGGUGACAGGUUCAUCACAGCGUCGAGGACUGGCAGUGGCCCUUCGGGUCCCACCCUGCUCGAAGACGCCGGAGGUGACAACCUCUCCUCUUCUUCAGCCCACGGUCAAGCAUCCUCAUCCUCCUCGGCCGACGAGACGCAGAUCAAGGCGAACAUUGCUGCUGCUCAGCUAGCUCCCAACGAGAUCGCUCCACACACAGAGUCUCUGGAGUCGGCAUGCAACAUUGAUCUGAAUCAACGAAUCUUGUCGUACAGUGCCGCUCCUCCGUCCUCUGCUAGCGCAGACGUCCGUUCGAGGUAUGCCACUGUGCGACCCAGGAACGUGCCGUCUAGUCUAUCGUCUGGUGGCAAGCGCAAGAUCCCGACUGAUGCUGAGAAGGUACUGGACGCGCCUGGUAUGAUCGACGACUUUUACUACCAUCUCAUUGACUGGUCUUCGACGAACCUGGUCGCCGUAGCCUUGCAGGGAGUAGUGCACGUCUGGAACGGAGACACUGGAGAGGUGGACACAUUGUGCGAUUUGGAGAUCGAGCCCGAGCGGGUCGGCGGUGGAGGUAUGGUUUCUUCGGUGAGAUGGGACACAGACGGCAACUAUCUAGCCAUCGGUACCGACCGCGGCUUUGUCCAACUCUGGGACGUGAGCACCUCUCAGCGAGUUCGCACCCUCAAGCCUUCUACCGAGGGUGGUGCCGACAACUGCUCCGUCAACAUCUCAGCAUGGGCCGCAGACGGUACCUACUCCACUGGCUUUUCCUCCGGUCUAAUUAGAGAACACGACGUCCGCCAACGUGAUUCUAUCAUCCGCGACCUCGAAAAGGCCCAUGUGGGACACGUCUCCGGUCUGCAAUGGCGAGCCGACUCUGCCUUGCUCGCUUCGGGUGGAAACGACAAUGUAGUCAAAGUGUGGGACCGCAGGAGUACCGUGCCAAAGAUGAGAAAGGAGAACCACCAAGCCUCGAUUAAAGGCAUCGACUGGUGUCCUUGGAAUUCCAAUCUCCUCGCCACUGGAGGAGGUACAGCAGAUCGGAUGAUUCACUUCUGGAACGUCACCACUUCCUCGCGUGUGGGAAGUAUUCAAACCGACGCCCAAAUCACCGGCCUGCACUGGUCUCUCCACUAUCGCGAGCUUGUAUCCACUCACGGGCUCAGCCUAGGCAGCGCUUCUGCUGCUGGAGGUGGAGCAGGAGGAACAAUCAACAUCUGGUCUCACCCAAGCUGUAAUCGUAUCGCAGAGAUUAGGAAUGCUCACGAUGGUCGGAUCUUGCAUACGGCUCUGAGUCCCGAUGGUCAGGUGCUGGCGACAGUGGGGACGGAUGAGAAUCUCAAGUUUUGGAGGGUAUUCGAGCGAAGGGAGGAGGUUACUGGGAAGGGAGCUAGUGGUGGUGUGAGUGGAGCGGGAGGGGAGAAGAAGGCAGGAGGAGGGGGAGGAGCAGGUGGAGGUGUAGCUGGCGUGAGGAUGCUUCGUUGA